AUGACGAGAACCCGCGCAGAGAUGGCCUCGCCGCAGCUCACGGUGCGCAACAACACGGGGCCAACGCCAACGUCAACACCAGGCCCCGCCAGUGGAGACCCUGCUGAGAAUGGCGUAGACGGCACGGCAGCUACCAAGCACCUCCCCUCCAUUCGCUUCAUCCCCCACCAAGAUCCCCGAGCUGGCAGACCUUCGCUGCAGUUCCCCACCAUCACACGCACGCUCCCCGACGACUCUGCCGUGAUCCGUGUAGGACGAUACUCGGAGCGAGACAACUUGCCAGAGGUGCCUUCAAACACGCCCUCUGCGGCGGCAGUCGGCUUCAAGUCCAAGGUGGUCAGCAGGAAACAUUGCGAGCUGUGGUGCAAAGACGGCAGCUGGUAUAUAAAGGACGUGAAGAGCUCGUCAGGUACCUUCUUGAAUCACAUACGUUUAAGUCAGCCCAACGUCGAGUCCAAGCCGUUCAGAAUAAAGGAUGGCGACAUUGUCCAACUGGGCAUCGAUUUCCGAGGGGGUGAAGAAAUGAUCUUCCGGUGUGUAAAGAUCCGUGUCGAGUGCAACCGCGGCUGGCAGCAGGGGCUUAACACGUUCAACAAACAAACACACCAGCGGCUGCGGAACCUCGCCAAGAGCAAGAAAGAAGGCGACACUGCGUCCACGCAUACUUCCGAGUGCGCCAUUUGCCUCAUGUCAAUAGCACCUUGCCAAUCCUUGUUCGUGGCACCCUGCUCGCAUGUGUGGCACUACAAGUGCAUCCGUCCCAUCUUGAAUGGGCCAACGUGGCCAACCUUCCUAUGCCCCAACUGCAGGGCCGUCGCUGAUCUCGAAGAAGACGCCGAGGACAUUGGCGACUUUGAAGAUUGGGCUGAGGAAGGCGAACCAGUGAACGGUGACGCGACUGCCAAAGUCGACAACGAGCAGGGAGAUCGCCACGUGACGCCCCGGGCGUCGAUAGCACCCAUCAACGGCAACGAGCUGGAUGGUGGAGUGGACCUGUCGGACCUGCAACACGCCAUCUCGAAUAUCAGCAUCACGGAAUCGCUCAAUGGGAUCGCAAAUCAGCCUCUUCCGGAAACACCAGACCGCCAUCUAACGCCUGUAACUUCUUCUGUCACGCAGCCGGUGACGAUAAACGUCUCUGGGUCGAAUGAGUUCUCGGGGCUAUCGCCUCUGUACCCAACGCACCACGACGGACUACUGCCGGAUCGCGCACAUGACGGACCCAUGACACCACGCAACGACGCCGGACCGUUUGUCUUGGACGGCAGCGCGGGAAGGGCAGCGGGCAAUCGCCUCAGGGAUGCUUCGCCAGGAUCGGAUUCGGGAAGUAGUGGGGCGCCCAGUCUACCACCGGUGCAGUUUAAUUAG